GAAUGUGACUGUCAGAAUAAUUCGGAGAGAAGGAUGAAAGGAUGAGUCCAGAUGUGCCUCUGCUGAAUGACUACAAACAGGACUUCUUUCUGAAGCGCUUUCCCCAGACUGUUCUCGGAGGCCUCCGGUUCAAAUUAGGCUACUGUGCCCCUCCUUACAUCUACGUCAAUCAAAUUAUUCUUUUUUUGAUCCCAUGGCUUUGGGGUGGCCUGGGAACGCUUCUGUACCAAUUGGGCCUCCUGGAGGAUUAUUAUACAGCCCUGCUUUCAGGGGGACUGAUGCUCCUCACUGCAUUUGCCAUCCAGUUGAGCAGUGUCUACGCCAGGAAAAAAUCAGUGACAGUCGAAAGGAUGCCAAGCACAGAUAUCUUAGCAGAGGAAGAUGAGCAUGAAUUCACGAGCUGUGCUGGCACUGAGACUAUCAACUUCCUCAUUCCUGGCAAGAAAUAUAUAGCCAACAUAGUGUUUCAUUCCGUUCUAGCCGGGUUAGUAUGUGGUCUUGGAACAUGGUACCUGCUCCCCAACAGAAUAACCCUGCUGUAUGGCAGUUUGGGAGGAACCGUGCUGCUCUUUGUCUUUGGAUGGAUGACUUUAUGUAUAGGCGAAUAUUCGUUAAUUGUAAACACUGCCACCGAGACGGCGACUUUCCAGGCACAGGACACUUUCGAAAUAACGCCGCUGAUGAGGCCUCUUUAUAUCUUCUUAUUUGUUUCUGUAGAUCUUGCACACAGGUUUAUGGUAAGCAUAACCACUCUAGAGCAAGCAAAUCAGAUUUUACACAUCGUGUUUAUAUUUUUACCCUUUCUGUGGGCACUCGGGAUCCUGCCCCCACCAGAUGCGCUUUUGUUCUGGGCCAUGGAACAGGUGUUAGAGUUUGUUCUUGGAGGCUCAUCAGUGUCAACCCACCUACGAUUGUUACUCAUGCUCAUCGCUUCUGCUGGAGUAGCUGUCAUCUCCUAUUUCAUUCCCAGCACUGUCGGCGUGGUUCUGUUCUUGACUGGCCUUGGGUUCUUACUGAGCCUCAACCUAAGUGAGAUGAUUUUUGUUCUCAGACAGAAGGUGACCAGACACAGAGUUGGAGCCACAGCUAAGGCUUUACCCUGUGACCCAGAAACACAGUUCACGUGGAAGGAGUGCCUUUUCAACAUCAUUAUCUUCGUGUUAGCUCUCCUAGAAAAUGGUUUGCUACAUUACUUUGCUGCUACAGGAAACAGUGCUCAGGCCAUCGUUAGCUACAUUUUGAUGCCAUUACUCAUAACCCUGUGGUUACUUAGAGAAAUUCAAAGUGUCUAUAUUUUUAGAAUUUUUCGAAACCCUUUCUUUCCAAAUGAUGUGGAAACCGUGACUUUAUUCUUAGAGAAACGAAGAGGGCUUAUGAAGAUAGCUGUUGUCAGACGGAUUCUGCUAAAACUAGUUUCACCUUUUGCUGUGAUGGCAUUUCUUUCGUUGGACAGUUCCUUACACAAGCUCCACUCCGUGUCUGUCUCCAUUGGAUUUACAAGAGCUUUUAGAAUGGUAUGGCAGAAGACCGAACACGCUUUGUUGGAAAUAGUAAUUGUAUCAGCAGUGCACUUGAUUUCUAGUGCUGACAUAUGGUGGAACAGAAACUUGGAUACAGGAAUCAAACUCUUACUGGUUGGCAUCAUUUGUGAUCGUCUGAUUCAGUUUGUCUCUAAAGUGCAGUUUGCUGUGACUGUCCUUGUGGCCUCUCUGACAGAAAAGAAACGUCGAAAAUCAACCACUAGUUUAUGCAUCCUCAACCUUGUCUUCUCGCCGUUUGUGUUGGUCUUGAUAGCUUUUUCUACAUUACUCUCUUCGCCCCUGCUCCCCCUCUUCACCCUUCCUUUGUUUCUGGUGGGCUUUCCCCGGCCUGUUCAGAGCUGGCCGGGAGUCGUGGGUGCCUCGGCCUGCAUGUGUGCAGAUACGGUGUACUAUCGCCAGAUGGUCCCGAGCUUGAUGACUGCGCUGCAGUCUGCAAUGGAAACUGGAAGUUUGGGUCUCCUCUUACCUGGGUCUCAUUACUUGGGCCGUUUCCAGGAUCGUUUACUAUGGAUAAUGAUUCUAGAGCGUGGCUAUUCUUACUGCUGUGUUAACAUUAAGGGGUUAGAAUUGCAAGAGACAUCUUGUCAUACUGUGGAAGCACAAAGAGUGGAUGAAGUUUUUGAAGAUGCCUUUGAGCAAGAAGAAGACAAAGGAGUAUGUUCCAUCAAUGAGCACUUUGGAAAUGUCUUGACCCCCUGCACUCUUUUGCCUGUGAAGACCUAUUCUGAUGCCAGGAAUGUCCUCUCUGGCAUCAUUGAUUCUCAGGACAACUUAAGAGAAUUUAAGCGUGACCUUGUGAAAGUACUUGUGUGGAUACUUGUUCAGUACUGCGCCAGAAGACCCAAGAUGCAGGAAACUCUGCCCCAAACAGAAUCUAAAGGGAAAGUAUCUCCAGUAAACUUGACUGCGGUAUCCCAACUCCCAAUCCCAGAAGAUGCUGACAGCUUAAAUUCAGAAAAUUUGGAAGACUGGUCUGAUGAUAUUUUUAAUGAUGAGCCAAUUAGCAAGAAAGGAAACGAACAAUACCAGUUAUACCAGUUAAAAGGUUUUCCAGUUACAAAUGUACCUAUUCCAGGAUCAGUAGCAGCACAAAUGGAUGAUGAUUCUUUAGAAACAGCUCCUGAAAACAAUUUUUAUAAAACAGUUAUGCUGGGAUACCCUGCGGUUGACAAAGGAAAGCAAGGAGAUAAAACCUAUGUCCCUAUUGUGGAAUUCAGUUGUUCUCAUUCGCAUUUGUUAAACUUGCCUGAGGAGUGGAUGUCCAAUUGUUUACCUAAUUCCAAAAUGAGGGAAAUGAGAUCACUAUUUCCAGAAGACUGGUACAUAUUUGUUGUAAAGCAGUUAAAAUGUUUUAAUUUAGAAGAAAAUGCUCCAAAAAUACUGCAAGAAAUUGCAAGUGACGGAGUUUUAAGAGAUUUCUACCUUCAUGCAGUGAUGACUUGUUAUUUUAGUUUAUUUGGAACAGACAUUAUCAUUACUCCUUCUCAUAUUUUGAGAGCUUACAAUGGCGUUUUGCCUUGGUCUGUCGCCUUGGAUUGGCUCAAACAAAAGCCAGAAUUGUUCCAGCUAGCACUGAAGGCUUUUCGAUAUACUCUGAAACUAAUGAUUGACAAAGCAAGUUUUGGUCCAGUAGAAAACUUUAAUGAGCUGGUUGACUACCUUGAAGAAUAUGAAAGUGACUGGUACAUUGGCUCAGUUUCUGAUGAAAAGUGGAAAGAAGCAGUUUUACAAGAAAAACCAUUCUUGUUUUCACUGGGGUAUGAUUUCAGUAUGGGAAUCUAUACUGGGAGAGUACUUACCCUUCAAGAACUAUUGAUCCAACUUGGGGAGUUAAGCGCUGAAGCUGUCCGAGGUCAGUGGGCCAAUCUUUCGUGGGAGUUGCUUUAUGCUACAAACGAUGAUGAGGAACGUUACAGCAUCCAAGCUCAUCCACUUCUCUUAAGAAACCUUACGGUACAAGCAGCUGAUCCUCCCCUGGGAUAUCCGAUUUAUUCCUCGAAACCUCUUCAUAUACAUUUGUAAUAGAGACUGUUCUGACUUGUAUUAUCAAAUGGUAAUGAGAUUUUUUUUUCAUUUUACAAAAAUACUGUGAUUUCUCUCAUAACUCUCAUCAUCACACAAGUCAUAUGCCUGUGAAAAGCCAAGCUCUGUAAACUUGAUUCUCUUAGCUGUCUUAAUGGUAAAACAAAGCAAAACAAAUAACAGAAAACUUUAUGUUCAACAUAGAAUUAGAACUAGUUGGUCAAUAUUUGUGCCCCGUGUCAUAUGUUAGGAUUUGAUAAAUACAAAAAUAUUUGUUUAGAUAAUGAAUUGUUAAUGCCUUAAGUGUGUAAUACUUUCAGAAGUCAACAAUUGUAAUUUUUACAUGCUUUAUAUUCAUAUCAGUGUUUUACACAACAAUGAAGUCUGUUGAAGAUUAUAUCAUGUAUAUAUAUUUAUUUAAAAUAUAAUUAAAUUUUGCAGUAUUUUCAAAAA